ACGCGCGAAGACCGCGUAAAGGGCCGGCGAUCGAUCUAUAGCAACCAGCUCAUGCACCCGGAGUGGAUGGUGGACAUACCGACACAGCUCAAUGGCACGCACGCCGGCAACGGCGAGGGCUGGCUCGUCUUGCCGCGCCCCGACGGCAAGCGCUGCCUCGUGAUCGCAGCCAAUGGCACGACCAUCGCGCGGACGCACAGCGGGAGCGUGCUCAAGAAGUUUCCGUCGGCGCUGCCCAGCGGCUCGCGCAAGACGAAAUACGGCGCCGACCAGUACUGCGUCCUCGACUGCAUCUUCAACGACGUUGACGGAACCUUUUACGUUCUUGAUGUCAUGUGCUGGAAGGGCUACCUCUUGUACGACUGCACGGCCGAGUUUCGCUUCUACUGGCUCCAAGACAAGCUCUCCGAGACGUCGGCCGCGACUAUCUCGUCGGCCAAUCCAUUUGCCUUUCAGCCGAUUCCGUACUUUGACUGCACGCCGGAAGGGCUCUCGACGGCGUACUAUGGCGCGUUUUCCUUCUCCAAGGACGGACUUCUCUUCUACUGCAAGGCGGGUGUCUAUACGCUCGGGCUCUCGCCACUCGUGCUGCUCUGGAAGGACGCAACCACAAGUCCAUAUCCGAGCCAGCUCACGAUCGUGCUGACAGUGACCGAGGCUUUUGCGUGUGAAACGAUUGAAGGACACGUGCUCACCACGCUCGCACCCGAGACCAUGACAGGGCAUGAGAUUGUGGCGGGCGAUCUGGUGCGGUGCUCGAUCGAAACGCUGGCGUGGAUGGUGGCGGACGACAGCUCCGUGGUGGUUGAUGCGACCGGCGUUCAUUUCCAGAAGCGCUGCUCGGCCCAGCGCGGGAUCGCCGACAGCUGGACCAAGAUUGCGCACAUUCUCAGCACCACGUGCUCGAUUCAGCACCUCCUGGAGGCGACGGCCGAUGUCGCCAUGGACACGGAAGGCUGAGCAGUGCAUUCACUCUUGUUACACCUGGAACGUGGACGAUUGGUGCGUUACCAUUACCAGAAGAAAAGGCGUGCGCAGUCGACUCGAUGAGCAUAGAAUACGAUACAGCCUUCUCCACUCGACUUUUCGUGGAUGAGAGACGUGCCCAUCUUAUGUUUGCCGUUGGCCACCGAGU